AUGUAUGGCGACGGGGACCGGAAGACCAUCUCGGAGCUGCGGCGAGAUGCCGCGGCCGUGCAGAGGCGUAUUCUUGACCAGACUGUCCAGCUUCAGCGGGUGCAGAACGCCACGGCGAGGGCCAGAAGUUUGAUAGACCAGUUACUUCGUCUCUUUGCAACUGAGGUGAAGGAGAAUGAUAGAGACGCCCUGUUUGCUGUUCUUGCAUCCAUCUCGGAGGAUCUGGACUUUUCUAAUGUCCCGCUAAUUCCCAUUGCCAUUGCGCUCGCAAACGAUCAUUUCAGCAAUGUCAAACGUAUUCGCGCCGUGCGGAACCGGUUUUUGGAUGACAAUUCUGUUAUCUUUUUGGCGCACGUCUUGCGUUUUUCACCGUCGCUAUCGCAGGUGGAGCUGCUUGACAUCAGUGGAACGAGAGUGACGGAGAAGGGCCUUUUUUUUCUUCUUGAAAUGAUGGAGGAGCGGGAGACGCCGUUCGCCCUCAUCGCGAAGGAUCGUGUUCCGGCCGAGAUCCCUGUUGCAGUGGAAUUCAUGCAGAAGUACCAGUUGGCGUUGCGGAAGGUGGGGAGGAAAUCGAACUGUAAAUUGACGCUCUGA